GCCGCUGACGCUGCUGGUUGACGACGAAGUGGUAGAUAUCGAGCUCAAGGAACUACUCGUCGAGGUGGAAGCCGUGCUAGAAGUACUGCUAUUUCCAAAGUUGAACGUGCUGCUGCUCGUCGUGGCAGCCGUCGGAAGGGUGUUGGUGCUAGUCGUCAAGGUGGGCUGGGGUUGGGUUCAGGGAGCUUGUGGCAAAGGUCGUGGAAGACGAGGAACUGCUGAGAAUGCUGCUGCUAGAAGAGCUAGACGAGGACGAGCUGCUGCUUAAAAUGCUGGUUGAGGAUGACGAAAACGAUGAGAGAACCGAGGCGGAUAAGCUGGAUGCUGCUGCUGGUAGAGCUGAGAGUGAUACUCAGCGAUGAACUCAAGGAGGACGAGAUGCUGGUGAUCGAAGCGAUUGCAGAGGUGGUGGUGUUAGAAGCAGUAGGAGGCAGCACGGCCAGUACAAAGCUUAGAUUGGCGCCGGAAUCGGAGUCGUGGUCGGCUGGCCGGAGGGUUGCUGGGCGGCAGCAGAGAAAGCCAAGGCCGUCAAGACGGCGACCUGCUCGAUCCAACCCAUGGUCAACUAUGCAGGGCUCUGCAUCGUAAGUCGAUCACAG